GAGAAAGAUAACGUGCAAAUAUUUUCCGAUGAAGCCAAGGCAACAAUGCGAAAAUGGCUGAAUGACAUAACAAAGGUGCAAAACAAGGUNAAGGGUGGAAUUCAUCAGUUACGUUUGGAUUACAAUGAAAUCAAAGCGUUCACACCACAAGAUUGCAGUACAACCACAUUUGAUGCUAACAUGACAAAAUGUCGAUAUAAAGACGUGAAGUGCCUAGAAAGAACUCGUGUUGUUUUGAAAUGGCCACCGGGCGAUAAGAACGAUUUUAUCCAUGCAAAUUGGGUUAAACAUGAACUGCUCGAGAAUGAUUUUAUUUGCUGUCAGGCUCCGCUAGAGGCAACGAUGGGAAAUUUUUGGCGUAUGGUUUGGCAAGAAAAAGUACGUCAAAUUAUAAUGUUGUGCAAUUUGGCCGAGCUAGGAAAAGUAAAAUGUUGUGAAUAUUGGCCUCAAAAGGUGGGCAAUAAACUGGAAUUCGGCAAUUUAACAAUCAGUUGCAAGUCAGUGGACACAAGCGACUCGAGUUUCGUCUACACAAAACUUGUUCUUCAAUGUGGUGCAGAAACUCGACAUGUUGACCAUCGACAGUGGGUAUCAUGGCCUGAUCGAAGUGUACCAAAGACCCCAAUGGCUCCAUUUCGUCUCCUUCAAUAUUCUCGUCAUUACACGAACAAUCCAUCGGUUGUUCACUGUUCGGCCGGAAUUGGACGUACGGGAACAUUGGUCAUGAUAGAAAUCGCCACCAAUGCUCUCAAGCGAGGAAAGCUACCGGACAUGAAGCAGUAUUUGAAAGAUGUGCGCGGACAACGUUUACAAGCAGUUCAAACCGAGGACCAAUAUUUGUAUAUUCAUUAUGCUAUCGUUCAAUUGAUAUUCGUUAAAGGAAUUGUAUCCGCACGUGAAGUUAGAAAAUUUUGUGCAGAAUAUGUGGACUAUUUGAGAAUGUUGAAUGAAAACGAUGGCAAGCCUUUACCACUUGAGAUCACCUCCCCUGCUUCGAAACCAGCUAAUCCGAAAGAGACUGCUGAUGCUGAACGAAAGAAAAAGCAUCAGGAUAAGGUGACAUUCAAUGAAGCGGAUCAAAAAGAAGGCAAGAAUGAAGCUUCACCUAAUGCACCAAGCACGCCAAAACGAGCAAAUAUCAGAAAAGAAACGGAAACCGAAGUUCAGCAAGAGAGCGAUAAAGAGAAACAUAAAGCCACGACCGGCAAAAACGCUGAUGCAAUCAAAAAAUCUCCCGUGAACGACGGCAAAAAAGAAGUAAAGUUGAAAGAUGAGGAAAAAAACGAUAAAGACGUUAAGGAGGACAAAAACGAUUGUGAUAAGAAAGUACUUGAGCAGAACAAUCCAGACGAAGCAAAACGGGAACAACGCAUCAAAAAACCGGGAGACUCGAAAGAUGAGAAGGAAACAAAAGGUACGCAACCUCAAAAGAACGAGGAGAUUAGAUCAGCCUCCUCACUGCAACCAGUUUCAGUAGGUGAGCUGAUAUUCGGCAAGCAGAUUAAAGAAGCAAAAGAUACGCAACCACGAAAGAACGAGGAUAUUAGAUUAGCCACCACACUGCAGCCAGUCUCAGUAGGUGAGCUAAUAUUCGGCAAGCAGAUUAAAGAAGAACAGCUCGUGAAAAAUGCUAAAAUGAAAGACAGUCUUCGAGGGAAUGUUGAGGUGAAAGAGAACAAAACGAUAAACUUGAGUAAGCAGACUACUAUAACUGCGGUUAGCGGAUCAAAGGAGGAUGAUAAGCCAGCACAAGCGCAGGCCAUUCAGACCAUUCCUGCACAACCAUCAACUCUGCCAGCCUCCCCGAAUAAAGCCAGCCUGCCCGCUUCAACUCCAGCAGAUGACCGAAAGACUAACCAACCCAAACGAAAAAUCACUUACGCUCCAGCGAAGCUUUAUACGGUGGUUCAACUUGGAGCUAAACCAGCCUUUUAUACGUUUCACAAAGACGUCAGUCAAACAAAGCCCACACUGAAUCCACGGUGA